UACAAAUAUAAACAAAAAUUGCUAAAUGAAAUUAAUCAAUAAUUUGAGAUAAAACUAAGUUAUCUAUUGAAAGUUAUGUGUAAAUUAAAAUACCACAUACCCAUCAGAUUUUUUUGUACUGUGGUGUCUCUUAGACAUUAUUAGGAGAUGUAUUUUAAACUGUUGGUCAUCCUUUCUGUGUCUGCGGCACCCUUCUUGUUCAGUAUACAAGGGGAUUUUGUUUUUGACGAUUCAGAAGCUAUUGUAAAAAACAAGGACAUUACCUCCACGUCUUGGUUGGAUAGCUUCAGCAAUGACUUUUGGGGUACAAACAUUAAAAGCAACCACAGUCACAAGUCAUACCGGCCUUUGACGAUAAUUACAUAUAGGUUAAAUUAUAUUUUUAACAACAAAGAACUAUCUGCUACUCAAUUUAAAGCUACAAACUUAGCCUGCCAUGCAAUCUGCUGUGUAUUGGUAUGGCAAACAUACAAUUGUAUAUGGACAAAACUAAAUAUUAAACAUGGAGAUAAGAUUUUAGUGGAUUUACCUUUUUUUGCAUCUCUGCUGUUUAGCGUACAUCCUGUACAUGUAGAAGCUGUUUCUGGUAUUGUGGGAAGAUCAGACCUGUUAGCAACUAUGACAUUCCUUUUAUCAUUCCUUAUUUAUGAUAGAGCAAUGAAAAAUAAGAAUGUAUUGAAUAUUUAUUUAUUUAUAAGCAUAAUAGCAGCUGGGUUAUCAAUGCUGUUUAAAGAAAAUGGUGUGACGAUACUGGGUGUAUGUUGCAUAUAUGAAGUCAUCAUCAACUUAAGGAUAAGAAAACUUGAAAAAGUUAAAUACAACAUGUCAGAUAUCUUCAAAAUGAUCCAUAUGGACAUAAAAUGCAUUUAUAGAAUAAUCAUAAUCAUGAUGUGUGCGAUUAUAUUUCUAUAUGCGAGAUGGGCAGUUAUGGGAAAGAAUAAACCAGAAUUCAAACCUACUGAUAAUCCUGCAGCAUUUAGUGACAAUCUAUUUAGUAAGAUUGCAACCUACAAUUAUAUUUAUUUUUUUAAUAUUAUGCUACUCAUCUGGCCUCAGUGGCUGUGCUACGACUGGUCAAUGGGAUGUAUACCUCUCAUAAACAAUGUAUUGGACUUCAGAAUAUUGUUUGUAUUAAUCAUGUACCUGUAUAUAUUCUUAUAUAUAAAAGCAGUGAUUGGUGGAAAAUAUAAAAAAUCUAGUAAAAGAAUCUCAUUACUGGCAACAUCGUUCAUGUUAAUACCAUUUCUACCAGCAACAAAUAUUGUAUUUCCAGUUGGUUUUGUGAUUGCAGAAAGAAUUUUAUACAUUCCAUCUAUAGGAUAUUGCUUAUUUAUUGCUAUUGGAUUGGGUAAAAUAUUACAACACAACAAAAUAAAUCACAAGAUAGUGAUUAGUGUUUUUCUAUACAUUAUAUCAAUUUACGGCAUUAAAAGUUGGCUAAGAGCGUACGACUGGCAGAACGAAUACAAGCUCUUUACAAACGCGCUUACUGUUUGUCCUUUGAACGCCAAAGUACGUUAUAAUGUCGCUAAAGUCGCUGAUGCCAAACAAAAUACAAGUUGGGCUAUGGAUGAAUAUGAAGAAGCGAUAAGACUAUAUCCGGAAUACUAUCAGGCAAUGAACAAUUUAGCAAAUUUAUUAAAAAAUCAAAAAAAAUACUCUGAAGCGGAAACUUAUUUAAGAAAAGCUAUUUAUCACAAAAAAGAUUUCCCGGCGGCAUGGAUGAAUCUUGGCAUAGUAUUAGCAAACACUGGACGUUUCGAAGAAUCUCAGAGAGCUUACAAAACAGCAUUACUGUAUAGGAAAAACUAUCCUGAUUGUUUUUAUAAUUUAGGAAAUUUGUAUCUAGAAACGAACAGAACCAAUGAGGCAAUGGAUAACUGGUAUCAAGCAAUCAAUUCAAAUCCGAAGCAUGUUUCUGCUUGGACCAACUUGUUAGCACUAUUGGAUAAUACAAAUCAAAUUCAGAAAGCUCUCCAAAUAAUACCUAAAGCUCUCGCAGAACUUCCCAACAGCCCAUCAAUUUACUUUGCUAUUGCAAAUAUAUAUGGCAAACACGAGCAAUACACGACAGCAGAAAAGUAUUUUCACCAGGCAAUUGCUUUAUUUAAAGAACGUGUACAGGCCAUCCAUUAUGCGAAUCUCGGAGUACUAUACCACCGCUGGAGAAAGCAUGAUUUAGCGAAGCAGAUGUACAAAAUGGCUCUUAAAAUAGACCCACAUUUUUCAAGCGCUAAAAUAAAUCUUUACAACUUGGAAAUGAAAAUAAAAAAUAAACAGUAAACACACAACA